AUGGAUAUUCCCUUGCUACGGCUCCGCGAUGGUAACCAAAUCCCCUUGGACCUCGGCGACACCACCUUCGGCCAAGGUCUUGUCGACCUGACCAAAGCAGUCAUCGAAAAGGGCUUCUACCAUUUGGACUGUGCAGAGAUGUACGGGACUGAGGAAGAAGUUGCCAUCGCAAUCAAGGAAUCGGGUGUGCCCCGCGAAAAGCUGUUCAUCACCAACAAAGUCGCCCAGGGUAUUGACGAUAUCGAGGCGGCAAUCGACCAAUCGCUUCAAAAGAUGCAGACCAACUACUUUGAUUUAUACCUGAUUCACAUCCCCUUCUUCGCCAAGUCCGAAGAGGACUUCCAGCGCGCGUGGAAGACGAUGGAGGGAAUCCAAAAGGCGGGCAAGGCACGGUCCAUCGGAGUGAGCAACUACAUGCGGCCUCAUAUCGAGGCGACGCUCAAGGGAGCCACCAGCCCCCCUGUGACCAACCAAAUAGAGUAUCACGCCUACCUUCAGCGCGGGGAUGGGUACGUUGCCUGGCUGCAAGACCACGAGAUUCAGGUUGGUUCGUUCAAAGGGCUAACCCCUGCCUUCCGCGCUCCUGAUGGACCUCUGCGGGAGCCGCUGGUCCGCAUCGCGAAGGCGCACGGCGUGACCGAAGCCGCAGUGCUCAUUAGUUGGAUCUUGCGGAACGACGUGGUUGCUGUCACCACCACGACCAAGGUGGAAAGGCUGGAUGAGCGAGCCCUGGUGGCACGGCUACCUCUGGUGGUCUUCGUGAUGCCCCCGCGCCGUGAUCCUGGUGUUGAUGCCCUUGCGCGCGCCGUUCCGCGCCGUGCCGCGCCGUGGUGCGCGCUGGGCCAUAGCGGAAGCGCUGGGAGGCGUUAA